GCAGAGGUCACGAGUGCAAAACCAGAUGAUGAUCUUGUCAUUGAUGCACAAGAUCACUGACACAGGGCUGCCUGCUGCCACUGCCAGUGCAGGUUCUUCAAGUUCUUGCACAGUACCACAGUCAUCUUGACAGGAGAGCCUGCUCAUGAGCUCCAUUCCACUUGAUCAAUCUGGACUGAUAGUUGUAUCUUUGCGCAGUGGUGGUACAAACGAUCAGGGCGGCCGCCGCUGCAGCUAAGUUUUCUGCUCACAAGUUGAGAUUCGAAUGCAAUCCAGAGGACAGUCGCCAUCACACAUAGGUCAGAGACGGACCAUAUUUGCAAGGUCGCUGGUACUUACCCUAGGUCUUGCACACUAUCCUUCAUAAAAUACUUGUAGUGCGAUGGUAUUCCUUUUGCUGCAAAUAAAGGCGGACUUGGAAAACUUGACGAACUUGCAGCAAGAGGAUCCGUCAACGUUUGUCUACUAUUUCAAGGUCAAGUGUACGAGCUGCAAUGAGCCCAGCGAUAAGGAGUCUGGCUUGACGGCAGGCGAGCAGUAUGACAUUCCGGGUAGUCGAGGAACCGCGCAUCUUGUUCAAAAGUGCAAGUUCUGCGGACGGACAGGCACAAUCACUCUUGUGGAAGGGAAGGGCCGGCCACUCACAGCAGAAGACAGCGAGUCACAAAAAGAGGCACCGGUAGCAUGCUUUGAUUGCCGAGGGAUGGAACCGAUCGAAUUCUUCCCGCGGGAGGGGUGGGUGGCUGAGGGAGUCGAGUCUGGUAAGAAGUUCGAGGUUGAUCUGACGGAGCUCGAGCAUGUAGACUACGACGAAAAGGCGAAAGAGAGCGUUGGGGUGUACAAUGUGGAACACAGUUUCAAAGUAACAAAGGGGUAAGAGCUAACUGUAGACAUAGAAACUGUAACCAAAGGUACUGCAGCUUGCCAAGGUCCUAGAGGGGCGGCCACGAUAAGGAGUGCACUGAUACCAAAAAAUCUAUAGACUGAGCUCAAUGAUCAAGGCCGAUUGCUUUGAUUGAAGUGGAGUUGCAUUUUAUGCAACUGCUAUCGAGUAGUUCCUAAUUUCAUGUAUUCCCCCACGGUCAUGAUGACUACCAUGAUACUGUACUAGGCUAACUUACUUUGCAAUGGAGAAUUGAGGUUUUCUG